UUCUACUUUUUUAGCACAGGACAUUCAGGGAGUCGCACUUCUGAUUUCUGCUCAUCUGCCAUGAAGGCGAUUUUGGGGAUUGUUUGUCUUUUUUACUUUCUAGCCCUGUCUCGAGCCCAGAUGAGCACACAAAUAGACAACCAAAUGCAAUCGGACGCAUCCUCCAUGGCAAGCGUUACGAAAAGGCUGAGCGAGUUGGCUGGGAGGCUGGAGGAGCUGGAGAAGGAGCUGCGCGCUAAAGACAAGGGGACCAGCGUCAUCUUCUCAGCCACGCUGAAUAAGAACGGAUACGUCGGGCCUUUCAACGCUCCCACCACCAUUGCCUUCACGAAGAUACACGUCAACCUGGGGAAUGGAUACAACCCGAGCACAGGCAUUUUUACGGCAUACAGGAAAGGCAUCUACUUCUUUACGUUCACGGCCUUUUUGAACAGCAACAAGCAAAUGUUUGUAUCUUUAAUGAAGAACAACGAUAUGCUCGUUGGGGUCUGGGACAGUUACACCCCAGACGGCAACGACGCCGGCAGCAACACGGCCAUCGUUCAGCUGGAAGUGGGUGACAAUGUCUACGUCCGGCUGCAUGAAGAAAAGCAGAUCUAUGACGACGGCGCAGGCUACACAAGUUUUUCUGGGUUUCUGCUGUUGCCAUUGUAAAGAGAAAAGCAACAAAAUGCUGGGUCUCUUCUCAAAAAUUCUGCUGCUUUUACAUCCAUACAAGUGACACGGAUAUGUAGCCACCAUUGAAUUGUAUGACUGUAUCAAGUUAUAUCCGCUACCCUAACCCUAACCCUAACUCAAGACCCCUCACAGAAGCAUUUUACAACUCCGCCUGCAUAAGUGACACGUGAAGGGACACAGAAUGACAAUUUACUGAUCGCCUUGCACUUUGCUCUAAAUCCAUAUUUCCUGUUUAUGAAGAUGUAUGGCCGUGUGAAAACGUAAGUGCACCAAAGAGCUCUCUGAGGGCCUCGGAAAAGAAGGUUAGAGAAGCCUACGAGUCUGAGAAGGGAUUGAAAAAGAUGGGAAUCCCACUCUCCAGAAGAUCUAGAAGUAGAGAAGAUGUCCGACAACUGCCAAGUUAUCCAGCAAAUUCAGCCUGGGAGCAGAACACAAGAUUCUGAAAGCUAUCAAGAUUUGAUCUUUAAUUGGGAAACGAUGUAGUGAAACGAAGUCAAGCAAAAUGACACCUUUUAUUGGCUAACUAAAAAGAUUACAAUAUGCAAGCUUUUGAGGCAACUCAGGCCCCUUCUUCAGGCGAGAUGUAAUACAGAAACUGGAGUUCCAUGUGUUUAUAUACACACAAGAAACAACACUGGAAAAACUUCAAGUGAGAAAUCUUAAAUGUAAAAAAUUAACAGACCUCUUCAGGCUAAGAUUCAUUUAACAAGAGAGAAGAACAAUUUAUGGUCAAGAUCUUAGGAUAAGCUAACUGUCCAACAAAGUCUUUUGAAGCUUCUGAUGAGUUUUUCAAUACAAUGUGGAUCAGUAGACAUGUUGUCCGUGUCAGUCUGAGAGAUGCAAACAAUCCUCAUAUCUGACCAUAAGACCCAUAUCUCUAUUUACACCAUGUGUUCAGUUUUAGCCUGAGUUUGACUUCCCCUUCAUUUCUCUCUUGCUGUGUUCUGAAGUUGCCCAUAAGCCCUGUGACUUUAAAGUCCCUCUCACAGUGUCCAUGGCUGUUGAAGUGGGCUGCUACAGGAACAUCUGUGUUGCCACGUUUAAUGUGGCACCUGUGUAAAUUCAUUCUCUGGCGGAGUGUUUGUCCAGUUUCUCCCACAUAGAGUGCAGUGUCAGGACAUUUCAUGCAGAGAAUUAGAUAGACCACAUUAGAUGAUCUGCUGGAAAAUGAUCCCUUAAUGCGAUGUUCUAGUCGGCAGUGUGGUAUAACUACACGGUGUUUAUUAUAAAUGUGGGCACACGUUUUACAUCUUUUCUGUAGGCAGGGAGAUGUGCCAUUUUCUGUUGGUUCACUUAGGGAGCUUUGGACAUUUAGUGGCUGCAGAUUUGGUGGUUGUCUGUAUGCCAGGAGGGGAGGUUCUGGAAAUCCAUUUUUCAGCGUUUCAUCAUUGUGUGGCUGAAGUUCUUUUAUAAUUUUUUGAAGUGCUUCAAGAUGUGGGUUGUAGGUGACAACAAGGGGGAUGCGGUUCUUGUUGUCUGUCUCUGGGUAUGGCAGUAGCUCUACUUAUUCGAGUGUCUGUUGUUUUGGUGGUAUAAGCCAUUCAUUAUGGCUAACACGGUACAACACCCUAGUACUUGGGAAAAGAUGGAAAAUCUAACUUUUCAACCAUUUAUUUGAUGCCAAAAAAUGCCCAGAUAUGCCACUGACAUCUGUAGAAAAAGUAAGCCCCUCCCCUAACCCCCCCAAAUUGGUUCUCCUAGAACUGUCUGACGUCAACUGGCACACCAUUUCUUCCCCCUGCUCCUCCAUGCAGAUUUAUUUCACUUGUGUGAUGUUUGAGGGGGUUCUUGCGCAAACACACAACCCCCCCCCCAACAGCAUAUCCAAUUUGGGCUUUGAUCUGGCCAUUCCAGAACCCUCCAUGUCGUCCUUUUCAGCUCUCCCUUGGGUGAUUUACUGAUAUGUUGAGGGUCAUUGUCACAUUGACUUCUGACAGAUGGUGCCACAUUAUCCUCAAGCCCCAUAUGAUAGAACAAAGAAUUCCUACUGGAUUCUGCAAUCAUGAGCUGCCGGAACCAGAACGUCUCCACCACCGUGCUUUACAGCCGUCAUCAGGUUCUUCUGCUCAAGUGCCGUCCUUGGUUUUCACCAAACAUGUUUUCUGGAACUGUGGCGAAAUAACUCGCUCAUUGCCUUAUUGUUGUAGAAGUCCUGGUCUUUCCUUGGGUGUUCCUAACGGAUUGACCAGCUCUGCAUCAGGGCAAAUUUUAGUCUUGCCCCAGGUUUUCUCCUGGCCCACCCCCCAUGUAGAUCUCAUUUGUGCAUCCUCUUUCUAAUGGUAGACUUAUAUACUGUGAUACCAACAGUGGAAAGAAGAACACGAAGGACCUGUGGUAAAAUUCUGGGAUUCUUAGGAACUUUUUUCACCAUCUUGUGUUCUGCUCUUGGGAUGAACUUGGAAUAGGCGGCCUGGCCCGUGGAUACUGGCCGUUGUUUCUCCACUUGGAGAUGAUCUUCUAGACCAGGGGUGCCCAACUCCAGUCCUGGAGGGCCGCAGUGGCCACAGGUUUUCAUUCUAACCCUUUUCUUAAUGAGUGACCGGUUUUUGCUGCUAAUUCACUUCUUUUAAAUUCAUUUUCUUUGACUUGCUCUUGGAGACUCAGACCCUUUAAUUGUUUCUUUUUCCUUAAUUAGCAGCCAAACAAUAACGAGACAGAAAAUGAGCCAAAACAGGCCCAACAAACAGUGACCAUCUUACAGUAUCUGAAAAUAAAGAAAGGUGAAGGUCUCAGGAAUGCUGAUCUGCUCUUAGAAAAGAGAAAAUCCUUAAUUUUGGAAAUGUCUGCUAUUGCACAAUGAGAGCGGCAACAAGCCAUGGAAUUAAAGAAAGGGCUUAAAUAAUGACAAGACUCAGCGCCUCAUUAAGCAGCUGGUUGGAGUUUGAGGCCCUGACUUAGCUGGCCUUCUGUUGGCUCACUCACUUCACAUAUCACUUCUGUGUUGGUGCCAUUUAAGGAAAGAAAUGAAGCAAUUCAGAGGAACGACAAAGAAAUUCAGGGAAACAUUUCUUAAAAACCAAGUUAAUUAAACUUAAUUCAAAAGAAGUUAAUUAGAAGCAAAAACAGGUCACUAAUUAAGAAAAGGGUUAGAAUGAAAACCUGCAGCCACUGCGGCCCUCCAGGACUGGAGUUGGGCACCCCUGGGCUAGACAACGGGAUGGUUUAUUUCCUGUCUUUUUAAGUCCAUUCCCAGACUCCAAGUCAUCUUGAACCUUCUUUCUGAAAGGCCUCGGUGAGCUCUUUGGGUCUCGGCCUGGUGAUGAGACUCACUUCAACAGCAAAGAGUGAACCAAACGAAACAUCUGAGGUUAAAAUCGGACAAUUUCAGAGAAGAUCCUCUCUCAUGAUGGAUGUUCUAAUCCUCUGCCCCCGAUUCUAAUUGGAGGUACCUGAGGUGGUGAUGGAUGUUGGGGUGCACCUGUGAAAUUUUCAUUUAUGGAAAGUUAAAUUAUAGAGUGGACUACAAAAUGCC